UAAAAAUGGCGGAACCUUGUCAUAGAUUUUCGCGACAAAACGGGACGUUGUCACCUGCUGCUCUAGAAUCUAGAAACCCCCACCGUCCAUCUCCGAAGUGGGGGGUCGCCACUAUUUCUUGAAUCGUCACCUCGGAGUCUCGGACACACGCCCACGAACUCGACCCUCUCUCUCUCUCUCUCUCUCUCUAACCUUUGCUCCGCAUCUGGGCUCGAGGGUCUGCGCGCACGAGCCUCUCGAAUGGCUCCCCCGUCCUCGCUGGCUUCGCUUCUGCUGAUUUGCAUGAGCGCCUUCGCGGGGCUCGCCCUGUUCGCCGCGACGGCGGCGGAGCCGCGGCACGCUUGCCCCGUCGAGCCCUUCCCGUUUCUCUACCGCUUGACGUCCCGGUGCUCCACUUCGAUUCCGCCUAGUUUGCCGCUUCAGGUGGAUGGAUACUUCCUCGAUAGCAUUGUGGCUUCCAAAGACAAAAAUGCAUGUGUUGCUUUGCUCCUCUAUGCUUCCUGGUGUCCAUUUUCACAGAGAUUGCUUCCUAUUUUUGAUGUCCUUAGCUCCAUGUUUCCUCAGAUGGAUCAUUUGUUAGUUGAGCACUCUUCAGUUUUUCCAAGUGUGCUUUCAAGGUAUGGAAUCCAUAGCGUGCCCUCAAUAUUGGUAAUCAACCAGACUUCAAUGGUGAAAUAUCACGGUCCAAAAACCCUCCUCUCUCUGGUGCGGUUUUAUGAGAGAAACACCGGGUUUGAACCAGUUCUAGAUUUCAUGGAGGGUCAACUGACAGGUUUAAGUAGCAGUAAAGAAUCAAGCUCCACGUCUUGGAUUAGGAAUAGCGGGACAUCUAUGAAGGAGAUGAUAAUGAAAGAUCCUUACCUGUCUCUAUCUGUAUUAUUCCUCUGUCUGAGGGUCCUUAUGGUCGGGUUUUCGGAAUAUUUGCGCGUGCUUCACAGGAUUGAUGUGAGAAGGGCUUGGAGGAAACUGAGACUCUGCAAGAACGGUAACUUCCAUGUAGGGGCUAGGGAUGCCCAGGUAUGGGCAUCUUCGCUGGCUUCUGUAUCGAACCGGUGAAUGUCCGGUGGCUAGUCUGUAACAUUAAUUCUUUCUGUUCUAAAUAAAUGGCAAGAGAAUAGAUCAGAGAUUGGAUGGUAUAAUUACCUCUCUCUCUCUCUCUCUCUCUCUCUC